CGUGGUACAUGGUAGAAACUAUCUCGUUAUGUGCAAUGUCGAAAAAUACCUUCUUCUUUCAUAGGAGUGUUCUGUAGAACUUGAAGCUUGCUGCUGUAAAACAGUUGCGAGCGCUGUCAACCAGCGCAGAGCGAUACUACGCCCUUCAAUUCGUCUCCAACCUUCCGUGCAAGUCUCUCUGCUACUGCAGUGCAACCGAGUCCUCUGUCUGGCCAGUCGUGAUUAUCCAACGACGACUACAAAAAGCGUGCACGUGUUCGGAUUUGCAAGCACACCGAUCCGCAUCAUUUCGGAAAAAUCACCGCCCAGGCUCCUUAGAAAGUUUCUAGCGACUGUUCAAGGCGAAGCCUGAAGACUGGAUAAGGUUCACCUUCACGCGUUAGUCGCUGACAUCCGCUAGAAGCCGGUGCCGUUGAAGGUUGGAACGAGAAUGGCUACGUAGAUCCUCGUCAUUGCAUGAAUCUGGGCAUCUGUGGACGCCCGGCGACGGAAGAUGAGUGAUUUGUCGGCGGAGGCCUCGGUCAUAGCCCAUGAUGCGCCGUCAAUAUGUGCACACGAUCUGGACGAGUUGGUGAUUGCACUGAAGGCUAUCGAUGACCGGACAGUGGCCGACUCCCCGGAGUCACAGCACUUGCUCUCAGUGUCCAAUGCUCUGCUGGCCAGGUGUCGCAUCGAGCAGUGCCUCACCCUGGCAGCCAAGCAUGGCUAUCACACUAUCGUUGACUACUUCAUCAGGCGACACACGGACACGAUGCAGCCCGUCACGCUGGCACUGGCAAUGUGCAUCUCGGUGCUGCACUCAAACGCCCAUUCCUCCAGCCUGCUUAAAUCCGUGUGCCGUGACCUGCAACGGCAGAGCAUCCCGGACCCAGUAAACCCCGUUCUAGUGGCGUGUGCUGCGGGGAAACGAGACGCCGUCAUCGAGCUGAUGGAGAACACCGCCACACUGCCACCAUCUUCUGCAGGCAUUACUCCGCUUGUGAUAGCCUGUGCUUGCGGCCAGACGGACACCGUGCGCUACCUAAUGAGCAAGGGAGAGGACCUGUCGUGGAGCAGGGAUGCGCAAGACGAGUUCCUGUUCGACGGGGAGCUCAACUUGACAACUGUUCGCAUCGGACGGGAUUUGCUGGAGACUUGCCUGCUCAAUGCUCAGCAUCAGCUGGCACUCUUUCUACUUUCCCGUGGCCUGUCUUUUUCAGCUGAUGUUCAGCACGAUGUAGCAUGUCAGGAGGCACUGAAAAAGUGCCUGGCCGGACGGCUGACGGAGGCCCAAGACGGGGAUGAACUGCCUGCGCCCGUUGAUGAACCAGACGGUGCGUUGUCAGGCGGCCCAAUUCAGGCUGCCUGGGACAACCUUGGCCUGGUGGAGAUGAAGCUACCAUGGAUCUCGCACGCCGCCGCUACCCUGGUGCAGUUGAAUAUUGCUGACAACAAGAUUUCUCAUCUGCCACCGCAGGUGUUCAGUGAGCUGCCGUCACUUACUUCCGUCAAUGUGUCCUAUAACUGCUUGGUCACGUUAACCGUUCCAGAUCGCCACGACAGCCUGACAUCCAUCAAUGCUGCCAGCAAUGCCAUCACGUCGCUCUCGCCGUCCAUCUUCCAGCUACCCAAACUGACCACGCUCACGCUGUCGCAGAACUCGCUGUCGUCACUGUGUGGCGCCGCCGGCGAUGACCACUCCGAGUGUGCCAGUCUGGUCUCUAAUGCUCCGCUGGCUGUCGUGGACGUGUCCGCAAACAAGCUCUCGCAGUGCCUGUGUCCGUUGAACCAGUUGCCCAUGCUCACCGAACUCAACGUCGCAAAGAACGAGAUCAAGACGCUACCGGCAAAGUGGAAGACGAAUUGCUUUAAACGCCUGAUAGCGUUUAGCAAUCGCCUUGAAGACUUUGCCCCGACUGGAAACUUCACCAGAGCGGAGUGCCCGGCGUCGUUUCAGGUGCUGGAGUUGCUCAACCUGUCCAAGAACUGCCUGAAGUUCGUGCCGCUGUCGGCAUGCGCCAUACCUCACCUCAGCGUGCUGGACCUGUCUCACAACCGCCUGUCCACCCUGCCCCCGCCGUAUUUCUGGCAGUGCAGUCUCACCAAGCUAGAUCUCUCUAACAACUGCCUGGUGUCAAACACGGAGGUCAUUGUCAUGGAUGACACGGACGAUGGGAUCGACGAGGAUGAUCGGUAUAUGCUAUACAAGAGUUCAGCUAUGCAUCAGCUCAAGAACAAAUCAAAGACUUCGUCGCCGCUGGACCGGUCAAACUCUAGCUCCGAGCAAGGUUGGCUGAGCGUGUCCGGCACCAGGAACGAAGGGAGCACCGAGUUUGAGAGCGGCAAGUUUGACGAGAUCCAGUUCCCGGUUCAGCGGUUUGCCACGUCGCUUGCCUACCUGCGGCUGGACCACAACAAGCUGGAGAACAUCCCGCCCAGUAUCUGUCAACUGCUGUCAUUGGUACACCUUGAUUUAAGCCACAAUCCCGACUUGACGUUCUUUCUGCCGAGCCUGGGCAAUCUGAGGAACUGCUUCCAGAUUGGCAUCCGCGGCCUCAGCAUCACCAACGUGCCACGUGAGCUACUUCCAGGUUCUCCGAGUGGCAACACACGCCGUGCACUGGCCUACCUCAGGGCCACGCUGCGUCAGAGCGAGCCCUACAAUCGAAUCAAGCUGAUGGUGGUCGGGCUAGAGGCCCGUGGCAAGACUUCGCUACUUGCUCGACUGCGUGGUGAGCCGCUACCCAGCAAUGUAUCGACAGUCGGCGUCAAGGUGGACAACUGGGAACUCAAGUCUUCUGCACCAGCCCAGCAGCCUUCCAAGGGCCCCAGCUUAUUCAGAAGAGUAUCACUGUCUACAUCGACCACCUCGUCCGAUGAUAGCAGUCCCAUUGUGCUGAGUACGUGGGACAUGGCGGGACAGGUGGACUACUACGCCACUCACCAGUGCUUCCUGUCCAGUAACACUCUCUACCUGGCUGUAUGGAAGCUGACCAGCGGGGAGACGGGUGUUGCCAGUCUCAAAACAUGGCUUGUCAAUAUUCAGGCCAGAGCUCCAGGCAGUGCCGUGAUCAUUGUUGGCACACACUUGGAUCAACUGUCACAAGUUGAACGUGAACGCAAGAAGUACUUGACCAAGAUGAACACGCUCAUCAAGUCCUCCUUCAUUGAUCAGAAAGGCUACCCGAAGAUCGUGGGUGUCGUGGAAGUGUCCAACACCAAGCUGGAAGGUAUUGCAACUCUGCAGCAGAAGAUCUACGAAGCGGCUUCCAACAUUACUGACCCAGACAGCAAGGAGAAGCUUGUCAGACGGAAGGUACCUGCCAGCUAUCUCUGUUUGCAGCAUGCUGUCAUGGCGAGGGCACAGCAGAUGAAAGAGAACGAUGAGGUACCGAUAUUGGACAAGGCGGCGUAUUGCGACCUGGUGGACAGUAUUCCGGGUAAUGACAUCAAUGAUGAAGAGGAGCUGUGCUUAGCCACGCGAUUUCUGCACGAGAACGGCGUACUGCUGCACUUUGAGGAGCAGCUCAACGGCCUCAACCAGCUCUACUUCAUCGAUUGCUCCUGGCUGUGCAGUCUCCUGGCCAAGGUGGUCACCGUACGUGAGGUGCACUCCUUCAUUCACAACGGCCUGCUGCGGCACAGCGACCUGCAGUACAUAUUCUCCUCCACGCACUUCCCGCGCGACCUCAUACCGCAGUACCUGCAGCUGCUGGAGAAGUUUGAGAUUGCGCUGUCGGUCAGCGACAGGUUUCUGCUGGUGCCGUCCAUGCUCCCCGAGCGUCCACCGGCCAACUUUCCGCUCAGCCAGUGGGUGAACGUCUACUUCCAACAGCACUGGCAGCAGCAACAGCAGCAAGGGAGUAACGGCGGUUUGUCUCCAUCGCCGAACCGUAAGCUAGACGGUGGCGGUCAGGUACCAAGCAGCCAACCCGCUGUCCACUACAUCCAGCGUGUGUACUGCAUGGCGUACAUACCCAGCGGCUUCUGGAGUCGCCUGAUCGCCCGAUUGCUGCUGAGUCGCAUCGGCACGGACGAAGAUGGUCAGCCGUGCAUGCCUCUGCUAUUCUCUGUGGUCACUUCGUCAGCUGCUUCCGUGAUAUCACCACUGCUACGCCGUAAGGAGACACAGGCGACCAAAGCGGAUGCGGUCAAAGCCUUGCUACUGACGGAUCUGGUGCUCUGGUCAACCGGGGUCUGUGUGAGGAAUGCUGAAAACUGCUUUUGCAUCCAGUCGCUGGAAUCAGAGCUAGGUCGGCGCAAGUCGCGUGAUCGCACAGAACCAAUGGCUUUGCCUGACCUGGCGUGCAGUACAGGGCUGGUGAUUCACUUGUGGAGUACACGCAAGACGUUCCCUAUCUUCCCCUACCUGGUGGACGCUAUUGAUGGACUCAUUGAGGAAUGGUUCCCAGGCUUGUGUGACAUUGACAUCACUGGAGACCAGUUGGUGCAGAAAAUGGCUACAUACAGGUCACUGACUAUCCUAUCUGCUGAUGGCCAGGCGCCGACAGAAGACGCUGAUGAGCUACGUGAAAUGUCCAAGGUCAUGAGCGGUGACUCAGCGUUUGAAGACUCCCCAGACGGUGGUGGUGGCAUGUCCUCGUUGGAUUCCACGGCCGUCUUCUUCCCGCUGCGCACCUGCGCUUUGGCCGCACUGAGCAGCCACGAUGCUGUCUGGAAGCAGAGGCGUGUACCCCUGCAACAGCUAGCCCCGGAGCUGACACUGUCGGAUCUGCCCGACGAGCUGCUACUUAAACCAGAACUGCUGGAGUUUGAAGCAUCUAGCAAAACCCUCCUUGGCCGCGGCGGUGCUGGUGUGGUCUACCGUGCCAAGUACAACGGUACGCCCGUAGCUAUGAAACAGUUCUCCACUACGGUCUCUACGUACCGCGAUUCACCCGCCGAUGUGUCCGCCGCAGAGCUGUUCAGCGCGGAGGAGUGCGAGGGCCUGUCGUUUGAACUGCUCCAGGCCAGCGACGAUGCACUGACGCUGCUGCGACAGCUGCGUCAGGAGAUCACCGUGCUACGGUUGCUGAAGCAUCCGUGUGUGGUGCGCCUGAUCGGUGUGCAGCUGCACCCUAUCUGCUUCGCUCUGGAGCUAGCUCCAAUGGGCAGUCUGCUGGACCUGAUGGAGAAGCAAGUGGCACAGCAACCACCUGUUCCAGCAGGUUCACUCAUUGGUCCGGUGUUCGGGCAUGUGCUCACGCACAGGAUUCUUCUGCAGGUUGCGACUGCGGUGAGGUAUCUUCAUUCCCAGGACAUCAUCUACCGUGAUCUGAAAGGAGACAACAUACUGGUGUGGUCUCUAGCACCACUUACCUACGGCUCCGCUGCUCAACUGCCUUCACCCUGCUCCGGCCACCGAUACACGUCGCUCAAUUCCUCAAUGGCAGACGCAAGCAGGCUGAUCAACGUUCGCAUUGCGGACUAUGGCAUUUCGCGCGUUGCCACACCAGGUGGUCUGAAGGGACAAGAGGGAACACCCGGAUACCUUGCACCGGAAGCCAUUUCCAGGAACGGUGCGCUUCUGGCCUAUGACAACAAGGUUGACAUAUUCUCCUAUGGAAUGUUUGUGUUUGAAUUGCUGAGUGGAGGACGGCCGUUCGGCGAGCUUGACAAUCCCACUGACAUUAACCGAGCCAUCACGAACCAACAAAGGCCAGAGCUGACGCGCCAUGUUAGCAACACCCUCUAUCCCAAGAUCGAGGAGCUCAUGGAACAGUGCUGGCAGCACAUCUCCCUCAGCAGACCAGAUGCGGACACACUCACCAACAUCCUUCAUGACAUGUCUGUGCUGUGCGAACGGCAUCGCUAUCCUCAAGAUCAGGAAGAAACCCUGGAGAAACUCGACCUGGUGUCUGCGUGCUAUAUGCCUUGCUAUGAUCCUAAAGCGUACCGGCUGGCUGAGCAGACGGCACACUCAGCCGCUUCCACAGGUGCAGAAUCACAAUCACUGGCCAGCUCUGCUCGGGCACGCGUGCAGUCACCGCCUAGCCGUGUUUGGCUGGAGAAGAGAGUUGUUGCAGAGGUGGCUGAUCUGCGAGACUCCGUACUACUGUGGAGCGGCAGUGACGCUGAGAGGAGAUACACUCUCCUCGACUGCAACAAUGGCAGUGUGUUGAAGAAGGCUGAGGUGUUCCCCGGUGGUCGAGUGCAAUGGGUUCUCAAUGUCGAUCAAUCCUUAUGGAUUGCUACUAUGACAAAGAUAGAGGUAAUUGGGUUUACGUCGCCCUCCAGUCAUCAACUGCAGACCAGGUGGAGCAAGGAAAUCAGCUGGGUCACAUCCAUGGACACCUUGACCAAGCGUGGUAAGUGCCAGGCCGUGUUCGUUGCCCUGGACAAUGGCUCCAUAGAGAAGUUCACUCGUCCCAGCUCUGAAGACGACGUCAACGACCCAUGGCCAAGCUACAACUACUCCCUGGGGGUACUGGUGGAGAAAGUUGCUUUCCGCGCCAUGCUGGCAUUCACAUACUCGUUUCCAGAAGGAGACAGCAGCAGCACCAACACCGCUAACUAUGGAAGGUCUCACAACUCCUGUGUUGACCCUAGCAAAAACAUCACUGAUGAUGGAGCUGUUGAUCACGGUGAUGGCGAGGACAGAGCUCCAGAGCAGGUGUGUAGCUCUGUCAACCAACCUGAGUUGCAGCAGCAGCAGCAGGAAGGCUGGCGGCAACAGCAGCAGCAGCAGGAGAAACAGCAGCAGCAGGAGAAACAGCAGCAGCAGCAGCAGCAGCAGCAGGAGAAACAGCAGGCCACGUCACCAUCGGACUGGCGCGGUGAAGUGUGGUGUGCUUGUCAUCGUAUGCUGUUCUUCUACAGCGCUACCGAUCUGAAGCCAGUAUGUCCACCGCUCAAGUUGUACCAAGCUAAGUGCAGCAUAGUGGAGAUGGUGAUGUGCAAUGCAGUUGUAUGGGCUGUGGAUCGCAGGCAGCCGAUUGUCCUUGCUCUCUCACCACAACACCAUAACAUGCUGGGAAUCGUGGAUUGUCGCAACGAUGCACCUCUCCUGUACCACACCAAACUGCUCACGCAGCCUGACAGCAGUGGAAAGAUAGGUUCUCCACAGCAUGUCACAACCAAAAAGAGGUCUGCUACCAGGACGACAGGAGUACAGCUGUCAUUGCCAGAAGGUCAUCGAGACCGUGCUAGCACUAUGGUGGGACGUGACGAUGCUCCAGUACGACCACAUCUCACAAGGCCUCACAGCACAAGCAAAGUGGAAACGAGCGUCACAACGUUUAGCGGCUCAGACUCGUCUCCUCGAGCUGGCCGCAAGUCUGCCCCAGAGGUGGAUAUGUCACGUGAUAGCUUCACCUUUGCGGGUCGGUCCACAAGCUCUCCAUUGCUGCAGGGCAAGAUGGAUGUGAUGAAGGAGAUCAACUCCGACGACGAAGAAUGCAAUAAAGUCAUCAGAAAUGGUGGCGGUGCCCUGCGGGACAAACAACGCAGCAGAACGAUGUAUGAUGGUGAAGCCACUGGAUCACCAGCACAACGUGAGUUCUGUCUUGAAGGUAGCUUGGGCUACUUACCACAGUCCUGCACAUCCAUCUUAGCCUUUGACAAUGCUCUGUGGGUGGCCAGGUCCUGUGCGGAUAUUCUAAUCAUCAGCAGUGAUCUAAGACAGGGUUGUCCGUUCCUGGGACAGCUGUCCUGCUCACUACAUCGUGACGUGAAUGUCUCCGCUCUUGGCAGUCAGCACAGACUUGCACUGUGCUCCGAUCAGUAUGUUAUCAGUCAACUACAGCUGCUGCACACCGACAAGACCAGGGACAAUCGUGUGGUGGUGUGGGCGGCAUGUGAGCAGGAAACACUGCACCAGCACAACCGACACUGUCGUUAUCUGGACCGCUGCAGUGUGCCGUGAACUAUCCACCGUGACAAACUCGCCGGACAUUGGACUUACCACCGCCUCCUCAUCCUGCCCAGUGCAUCUAUCAUUGUUGCAAGUACCGUGUGUGCAUGUUACACGCGGCCCACUGUGAACCAUAUACGGUCGUGUAAGAUUCUGGUUCAUUAAAGCUUACGUGAAAAUCAUGCUAAGCUGUUGAACUGGUUAGGUAUAGCUGCCCAGAGUGGAUACUGGCAUUGUCUGUGGAUGUGCUUGGCUGUCUGGAGUGGAUACUGGCAUUGACCGUGGAUGUGCUUGGCUGUCUGGAGUGGAUACUGGCAUUGACCGUGGAUGUGCUUGGCUGUCUGGAGUGGAUACUGGCAUUGACCGUGGAUGUGUUUGGAUGGCUGGAGUGGAUACUGGCAAGCUGGGUCUCUGCGGACCACUGAUCUAAAUCAGCAAGCUGACCUACUCAGUCUCUACCAGCAGAGUAAUGGCUGAUGCAGGGCGCAUGAAGGAUAUGAUAUGUAGGCAGGACUAACUGGUCACUGUCUGUAUCGGUGGUGGUUUUCAGUGUGUUUUCUCAUGCAGGUAACUAACCUGCUCAACAUUGUUAUAUGCGCUCUCAUGUUUGACUGUGUGACGUUUGUAAUGCAUGGUCUCUUUGUGCUGUGUGAACCUUCCACUGUGAGCAAACACAGUUAAAUGUCUGUGAUGAUACAGCACUGCUGAUCUCCAACCUAGCCUUGUUCCUUUUUAACAGAUUAUUCUUAUCUGCACUAGCACUGUGUCACGAGUGUGUGGACUGUAUCAGUGUUGAAUCGGUUGAUAGGUGAAUAGUUCACACAUUCUUUAGAUCAGUAGAGCUAUAUGGACUUUACUUGAGGAAUGUGCCACUCCGAUCUUCUACUCCAAUGAUUUUGGAUUUCAUUUCAAUUAUAAAUUUUCAAAUUUUCACGAUACAUGUUUUUUUGUAAAUGUUUACGAAUAGAAGCUUGAAUUGAGCCUUCCACUGCAGCCUCGGAAUGAUCAUAGUUAUUGUAAUGUUCAUCCAUACAUGAAUAAUAAUUUUAUUAGCUGA